CCGUGAGGAAACGAAGAUGUCUCGAACCGACGAGGUCAACAAGAUGACCGAGAACGUCUACAAGGGGAUUCUGGACCAGUUCAACCCCAGUCUGAAGAACUUUGUGACGAUGGGGAAGCACUACGAGAAGGCCCUGACAGGAGUGACCGUGGCUGCAAAGGGCUACUUCGACGCUCUGGUGAAACUGGGAGAGCUGGCGAGCGACAGCCAAGGCUCCAAAGAGCUGGCGGGGGAGGCAGGCAGGAGUGUCGGAGGGCGACAUGCCAGCAGCCAGCGCAUACUGCAGGCCGACACUGCCACCCUGAAGAAGUAUCAGAGCGAGCGAAGGUCUAAGUCCGAGUCCAUCGAGCGCUGCCAGUCUCAGCUGAAGAAGCUCCGCAGGAAGAGCCAAGGCAGCCGCCAUCCCAACAAAUACGGCGACAGAGAGAUGCAGUUUGUGGAGCUGAUGAGCCGUCGACAAGGCGAGCUGGACUCUCUGGUGGCCACAGGCUACAAGUCGGCGCUGACCGAGGAGCGGCGGCGCUACUGCUUCCUGGUCGACCGGCAGUGUUGCGUCACCAAGCUGCUCAUUAACUACCACUCUAAGGUGAGAGAGCUGCUGUCCCAGAAGCUGUCGUCGUGGCAGCAGUCGUGCUCUCAGCCGACCAAGCUUCCCGAGCGAGCCCUGAACCUGCUGCGACACACGGCGCCGCAGAACCCCGGAGCUGCUGGCAUCGCCGACGUCCUGCGACACGCCAAGAUCGGCUCGGCUCAGCCAGAACAGCGGCUGUCGGUUCUGGAGGUUCCUCCGCUGCUGAACGGAGACUCGGGUCGGUCCCAGCAGCAGCAGCAGCAGCAGCGUUCUCUCCCUCCGGCCUCCCAGGGCGACGCUGCUCCUCAGGGUUCUCCUCAGACGUUCCGUUCUGCAUCGUCUGCCGGCGGAGCAGCCGGCGGUUCGUCCAGAGGGGCGUCUCCUCAGCACACCAGCUCCCCGCUCAGCUCCAGCCCGCUCCCCGACGGCAGCCCGGCCGCCUCCACCCCGACGACCACGUCGUCCGGAGGCUCGGCCCAGCAGAGCGCCGUCCUGCUGGCCGCCAACACGUCCAACCUGUCCCCGAGCCUCAUCCCCUCCACCGUCAUGUCGCUCAGCCAGCUGUGUCCGACCAGCGGCUCCUCCCAGGGCAUGACCCUGCCCAUCGCCCACAGCGCCCCCCACAGCCCGCCGCUGCCCCACAGCGCCCCCCUGAGCCGGGCCAUGACGCCGGUCCACCUGCUGCCGGUGAGUCCUGGAGGCAGCAGCACUCUGUCUCCGUCCCACAACCCCUGGCUGCUGAAGGCUGCGGAGAUGUGUGCGACGGCGACGCUGCCGCUGCCGAGGCGGCCCGUCAGCGAGCUGAGGCUGGGCGGCUUCCAGGGCUCCAGCCUCCCCAGGAUGCUGCCUCUGUCUGGACCGACUCGUGUGGAGGCCAUGUUUGCUCACACGCCUGGAGCCUCGGGCGGCGGCGGAAGUGCAGGAGGCGGGGCUUGUCUACUGCACUUCCUGCCUGGAGACGACAUCACUCUGCUCAUCUCUGAGCCCAGGGAUGGGUGGCACUACGGCCAGAAUGAACGGACCGGACGGAAAGGCUGGUUCCCGUUCUCCUACACUCAGCCUCGACACAGCAAGACGGAUCUCCUCGAGAGCUCCCUCUUCUUAUCUAAAGCUAACAGCACCAGCACCGGCCAGCUGGACAAGCUGGGCUCCCCGGGUCUGCCGGCCCUCACCCCCGAGUCGGAGGAGGAGCGCUGCCUCCCCCCCCAGAGGGUGAGCACCUUCAGGCCCCGCCCCUACAGCAUGGCCGACAGCAACAAGAUCACCUCAGACCUGGUCUCCCCUCCGCCGUCACCCACCAGGCCGAAUCCGUUCGCUCACGUCCGACUCAGAAAAACGGUCACCAACGACCGCUCGGCUCCCAUCAUCGAGUGA